AUAUUAUUCAAAACUUGACAUUACUUUCUUCGGGUUUUUGGACAUUCAAAAAUCAAACUUGUUAUAUACUAAUAUUCUUUGUAUCCCACACUCAAGUGAAAUGACAUGCAUUUAACAUGUAAAUUGCCACAUUUAUAUAAUAGUAAAGACUUGCCAAACAUUUGAUUUCUAUACUAUAUAUACAUAUGCAUAUCUCUCUGUUUCUUUAUCUUUAAUAUUUUUGUUAUAAAUCAAAACCUUUUAACGGAUUCAAGAAAAAUGACUACAAAAGUUAAGGAGAUGCCGGUGGUAAGUAAGAUGUUCUGUUCAUCAACUCAGGCUGUUCUAGUGGUUCGAUCACGGCCUCAUGUUGUCGGUGGUGGUGGCUUUGUUGUCACAGAUUUGGGUAGCCAUGAGGUUGUGUUCAGGGUGGAUGGCUGCGGUGUUCUUGGCAAAAAGGACCAGAUGACUCUCACGGAUGCUUACCAAAACCCUUUACUUCUCAUCCGUCUAAAGGCAGGCAUAGUUGAAGCAUUGAGCCUCCAUCGACAAUGGGGGAGUUACACCCCAGCUUAUGUGGGAUCUCAUCAAAAGUUGCUUUUUACAUUGAAAGAUCCAAAAGGAUGCUUAGCAAACAACAGACCAAUUAGGGUUUCCAUUGAACAGAAGGAUCAAAGCAUCUACUGCAAGAAUUUUCAAGUAAACGGUUACUUCCCCGACAGAGAAUGCAGCAUCGUCGAUUCAGGAGGCAACGACAUUGCUCAGGUAACGGUGAGUAAGGAUAUGAAGGAUGUGAUGGAAAAAAAGGAUGUAUAUCAUGUGGUAGUAAACGCAGGGAUCGAUCAAGCGUUUGUGGUGGGUGUGAUUGCGAUUCUUGAUUACAUUCAUAAUGGAUCGACAAGAUGCUAAGCUCGAUUCGUUGAUUAAAGCGAAUGUAUGAAGACUUGAUUGCUUGCAUAUAAGAAAUUUCAAAUAUUUUGGUGCUGAUUAAUCGAAUACAAGUUACGUAAGAUUGAAGAAAAGAAUUUUGUAAAUGGUGUUUCAUAAGAAUUAAUGUUCUGUUUAUUCAAUGGUUAUAGAAAGUUCCAGUUUGUGUAUAUCCACGUGCCAGAAUGUUUGCGGACGUUAAUCUACAUUAAUAUCUGCAAUAAUGACACGCCUUGGUUACGUUCAAUUUUCGUUUUCCCAGAUUUGUAGAUGUGAUUGAAGUGUCAUGGUUCAUUAAUUUUUCUGUAAACAGCAAGGAACAAGUAGUAUGUUUUGUUAAAUCUGUACGAUUUAAUGUUGUACUUAUUAUAAUUG